CCUAUAUUUUAAAUAGAAAAAAAAAUACAUAUAUUAUAAAUAGGAGAGGAGAGUGAAUGGAAGUGAAGACAAUCAACUUCGAAAACUGCCGAACCCAAACCAACUCUGCACGCAAACUAACCAAACUACCUCUCUUCCUGUCAUCUUCUCUCUUCAAAAAAGAAUAAAAAAAUAAAAACCAUUUCACAAAUUUAUCAAUAUAUAUAUAUAUUUCCGUUUCUAUAUUCACAUAAUAUUUACAUGUCAGAGAGGGGUCUACGGCGUCGAGCUCAGCCCACCGGUAGCCGGAGAAGCAGACCACCGAACCCGUCGCCAUCGCCUUCCCGGAGGACCCCGCCGCCUCGUCGAUCGUUGAUUAAGCCGCACUCCAAACCUAUUAAGAUUCUCAAGCGUUGCUCGUCUGAGCCCCUUCUAUGGAUCGGGAGCAGUAGUAGUAGCAACAGCAGCGAUGGUAACGAGGACGAUCGUCGCAGGAUUUUUGGAUCGGAACAUGUUCUUCUCCGACCCUAUACUUGUACGGAGAUCUUUGCUUCUUCUCCUUCGCUUUUGGGUUUCUCCUCCUCCCCAGGGAAUCACGAGAAGCGAGAUUACAAGAAAGAUGCAAAGGUUGUUCUUAAUGUGACAGUUGAAGGGAGUCCAGGACCAGUUCGGACCAUGGUUAAGUUAGGAUCAAGUGUGGAAGAGACUAUUAAAAAUGUUGUUGAGAAAUACAAUGAAGAAGGUCGAACCCCUAAGCUUGAGAAGGAUUCACCAUCUUCCCUUGAAUUGCACCAUUCCUAUUUCAGCCUUCAAAGUUUGGAUAAAUCAGAUGCAAUCGGAGAUGUGGGUAGUAGAAGCUUUUAUCUUAGAAAAAGAAGCAGCAGAAAUGGAGCUUCAUUUACCUCUGAAACAUCUUCUUUAAGAGCUUCUUCCUCUGGAAUUGUUGUUCAACCUCCUCCUGUCUUCUUACUACCAAAUUUUGUUGCCAUUGGUGUACAAAAAAUGGUAAGAAGAACUCGAAAGCUUUGGAAGAUCUUGGUUUGCUCUCAAUAAUAAGGACCUUGCAGACCAUUAAAUUUGAGCUUCUUAUUGCAAUUUUUAGAGUAACACACCAUAUUAUUUAGUGUUACUCUUUAUACUAUUAUGUUAGUUAUAAGUCACACAAGAACACAUUUCAUUCUACAGUAUUAAGUUGUGCAUAUAUAUUUAUAUAUUAUAUUUAUCAUUCUCCAUUUCUUUCUUUGGAGAUGAUCAUGAUCUGCUAUGUAUGUUUAAAUUUACCAUAUAAAUUGAAAGGAAAAUUGAAUUUUUCUUUU